AUGAAAGCUGGCGUGCUGCACUGCCGUUGUUCAAAAUGCUUCACGGUACCAGCGAAGAAGAGGGUGAGGAAGCGUGUGUCUACGCUGACUCUGCUGUCCCUGCCAGAUGAGGUGCUGCUCUGUGUCCUCCAGUGUCUGUCUGCUCAGGACCUGCUGAAUGUCAGAGCUGUACACUCACGACUGCGUGACGUUAUCGAUAGUCAUUCGAGCUUGUGGGCCCGCCUCAGCUUUGUGGACACUUGGCCUGCCCCUGACACCAUCUGGCUGUUUGAGAGAGCAGCUGAGAAAGGAAAUUUUGAGGCUGCGGUGAAACUGGGAAUAGCUUACCUGUACAACGAAGGACCAUCCCUUUCAAGCGAGGGACGGGCGGAAAUCUGCGGCGAGAAGGCCUCCAGAUUUUUCAGCCUAGCAGAAAGCCUUCGGCCCCCAACGGCCGACCCUUUUGUCUGGGUCUUCAUCCGACCUCCGUGGUCACCUUCUGGGAGCUGCUGCAAAGCUGUUGUGUUUGAACGUCUAAGGGCAGAGUGUGAUACCCAGAUAGAGAAGAGGGGAUCUUUGCUUCAUUGUCUGGCUAGAGUUCUCCAGCUCUUUGAUGAAGAGGAGAAGCACGGAGAAGCGAUGGCCAUGCUGGAGGAGUCAUCCCGUCAUGGAUGCCUGCAAAGCUCCUACCUGCUUUGGGAGCAUCAGCGCAAGGCUGCGAUGGCGGACCCUGGCAGGUACCUGCAGUGUCUGCGUACGCUGAGGGACUAUGCUGCCAAGGGAUGCUGGGAGGCACAGCUGUCCCUGGCCAAGGCGUGCAGCAGUGGAAACCCCCUGGGCCUGGAGCCGCAGGCUUGUGUUGACCUUGUGGCCCAACUUUUCCAGUCCUAUCCCCACAAGCGCCGCUUUACUGGGGACCUCUUGAGGAAUGAGAUCAACGACACAAUGAGUCGUGGAUGUCCUUUCUGUCCUUGUAGGUACAUCUUGGUGGACUGGCUGGUGGAGGUGACGACGAUGAAAGGCUUCUCCAGUUUGGUGCUGCAUGUCACAGUGCACUGUGUGAACCGGUACCUGAUGAUACACUCUGUGCCCAAGGCCCGGCUGCAGCUCCUCGGCAUUGCCUGCAUGGUCAUCUGCACUCGGUACAUAAGCAAAGAAAUCCUGACCAUUCGGGAGGCUGUGUGGCUCACAGACAACACCUAUAAGUAUGAGGACUUGGUGAGGAUGAUGGGAGAAGUAAUUUCUGCCCUGGAGGGCAAAAUGCGGACACCAACCUUGUUGGACUAUGGCGACAUACUACUAUCACUCUUGCCUCUCGAUGGCCGCAGUGCCCACCUCUUCAGCUACAUCUGUGAGCUGUCACUACUCUACACAACACUGAGUCUGCUGCCACCUUCCUGCCUUGCUUGCGCCGCCCUGCUGCUUACACGGGCCAUGCACAAUUGCACUCCUGUUUGGCCAAGCCAGCUGGCAGAGUACACUGGCUUCUCAGAACGGGAACUCAUCCCCUACACCCUUCUACUCUACAGCGAGUGUUUCAGGACUGAUGUGCCCAAGGACUACAGACAUGUGUCCCUGACAGGUGUCAAGCAAAGAUUUGAAGAUGAGACCUACCAGCAGAUCAGCAAAGAUGAGGUGAUUGGUAUGAAGGAACUUUGCAAAGUGCUCAACGUUAUGAUGCCAGACCAUGUAGUCCUGGACCUGGAAAUCCCUAUCCCCACAGCCCAGCCAGGGGACAUGGAUGCCUUCUUGUCUUCACCUGCCAGCAGCAACAAAAGGAGGCGAGAGGAAAGGGAGCAGGAUCAACGUGACAGCUUGGCAGCUACUCCUACAGGCGAGCUGUCCCCUCAGGAGGAGACCUUAGUUGGAGACAUCCUGGACUGGAGCCUGGACACAUCCUGCUCUGGUUAUGAAGGAGACCAGGAGAGUGAAGGAGAAAAGGAUGGGGAGACUCUGACGCCUGGGUUUCAACUGGAGCUGGAAGCAACACCUGGGAACUUGGAACAGCAUUGCCGUGCACUCUCCAGUGAUGAGGACAGCAUCUGUGAAGGGGUUUGUGGCAGGCAUGGCUGCCCCAAGACUGAGAAGGAUGCUCUCCCAUGGGCUCGGCCUUUCUUCUGGAAGCCUAGCACAGAUCCCCACACCUCUGGCUACUCUUCUGUACAGAGCAUUAGCCCUUCUUAUUCCUUAUCAAAUACCUCCUCAUCUUCUCCUUUCAUUUCCUGUACCCUUCCGACUUUGACUAUGUCCUCCGUCGUAGUUUCUCCCAGUUCUGGAGUCCUAAUGGCAGCGCACAGAGUCAAGUCCAGUGGCAGAAGGCAGGUGAAAAGGAAGAAUGCUGCAGCCCACAGUGGAGAAGAUGGGGCCAGUAGCACAGGCUUCCUCAGCUUGUGAGGCACAGACUGACACCCUAUGGGCUUGUGCUCAACCAGACCUGUCUCCUGACUAGGCCAUUUAAAGCAAAUUCCACCCUAUGUAAGAGGAAAAAAGUUCAGAUGGAUUUUGUUAA